AUGAUUAAUCUAUAAUAAUUCAACAUCAUUUAAAAUAACAACCAAUAAAUCGAUGAAUUAACAUGUAAUUAGCAUAAGCAACUAUACAAAUGUAUAGAUCUUUCAUUAAAUUGUGAUGUGAAAUUAAGACUCAAAUGUUCUUAAUGCAAACUUAAUAAUAAUUGUAUUCCAAUUGAUACUUUUGGCAACCUAUGUGAUGAAAUCUAUAAAAACCUCUAACACUAUAAUUUUUCUACUGCCUAAAGUAUUUAAUUAUGCUUUCACAAAUAAAUUUAAGAAAUCUAAGAUUUACUUGAAACUUUAAACAUUAGACUAAUGUAAAUUUCUUGUAUUUAGAGACCAUCAUCUAUAUGUAUGGAAUUAUUAAUUAACUUUAUAAAUUGCAAAUUGUAAUUAAAGGAGGAAAUUUUAAAAGAAUCAAAUAAUACACAAAAAGAAGAUUAGAUUUUUUAGAAAUAUGGAAUUAAGAAAUUCCAAGAUUUAGCAGAAUUGCUAUCAAGAUAAACUAUUCUUAAUUUUGAAAACAAUCAAUAUACAUUAAAAUUUAAAGAUCUUGAUGAUCAAUAAUUAGCUUAAACAAAUUAAUACUUGGAAUUAGCCAAAAGUUUGAAAUAAUAAAUUCUCAAAUUUCAAUAAGAAAAUGACAUAAAAAUUUAAGGAAAUUAAUAAAUUGAAUAAGUAAAUUAAUUAAAGUAAAAAGAUGAAUCUUAAACUAGAACUAAUAUUUAAAGAUCACCUCAAAUUGAAAAAAGUGAAAAAUUUUGUAUAAAAGAAAAAUUUUCUAUAGCAGAUAUUUAAAUAAAUUAUGAUUAAUCUAUUCUUUGCCUAAGAUUUAUAGAACCAAAUAAUUCAAUAAAUUUUUGGAAAUAUCAUUCUGAAAAAAAAAAUUGGAUAUUUUGGACCAAUAUUAAAUGUUAUGCCCAAAGCUUAAUUGAUUUCAAAUUAAGCAAAAUAGAAAAUUCUUUUAUAACUUGUGGUGCAGAUUUUCGUUCAAAUACAAUUCAAUUUUCUAAAGAGAUUGAGAAUAGUCAUUCUUUAAAAAUUUGGAAAAAGCAAGGUGAAGCAUGGAUUAUAAAAUAGAUGUUUAAACCAAUAGUUCCUCAUGGAUGUGGUUUAUCCAGAAUAUCUUAAGUUUUAUUUAGCAAAUCUGAAAAGCAAAUUUAUUAUUCAGAAGGAUAACGUCUUGGUAUGCUAGAAUAAAAAGGACCAGAAUUAGAUUAUGAACUUAAGUAUUCUGUUUAAAAAUCUAGUGAAAUUAUUACAUUUUUAGAAAUGUCAAAUGAUGGAACAUUAUUAGCUAUUGGAGCUUUUGAUUAAAAAGUUGCUUUAUGGAGAAUUGAUGGUGCUAAAUUAAUUUAAUUUUAAUCAUUAAAAUUAUUUAGUACUCCAAAAAGAAUAUUAUUUAGUAAAAAUGAUUAAGAUUUAAUAAUUUGUACAAAGGAUGGUAUAGUACAUUAUUUUAAUAUUAAUUAAGAUUCAAAAAAAAAUGAAUACAAAGAUUAUUAAAGGAUUUUUAAUAAUCAGAAUAAGAUUAGGACUAUUCAAUUUAAUAAAGAUUCUUCAAUUUUGGCAAUAGGAGGAGAAGCCAAUAUAAUUUAAUUAUGGGAAAAGAAUUGUUAAAAUUAAUGGCAAUGCUUUAAUGAAUCUAAAUAAGAUAAUUUUAUAGAAUCCAUUUGUUUUGGAAAUUAUCCAGAUGCUAUUUAUGUGUCAAAUAAUAAUGAAAUUUAUAUGCACCAUUUAAAAUGA